GGCAGAACCAUGUCCACGCGCGGUACCCCUGGAACAGCGGAAUUACCGUAGGCGGCGGCGGCGGCGGCGGCGGCACCAGCAGCCGCACGUGUAACAAUAGAGUGGAAAUUGGCCAAACAACAAUUAUUGUCAUCGGCAUAGGUGUUCGCACAGGUAUAACGUACACGCACACACGUGUCAAGCUCCUUGUUGCAGCGCGUUACACCAUUGAACGUCGAUGGUAAAAUUGUUUGCGCAUUUCUCAAAGAUGCUAAGCGAAAGAAGGGAAUACGGAAUACACGAGCGGAGCGAGGGGGGAACAACGCUCGUUUCCAAGUCAUCGUCGUAACCCACACAUCGCGCUGACAAGCGUCUAUUGCCAACAGAGAGUCGUAUUUGUCCACGGUUAAAAGAAAACUUUUUAUUAUUGUUCCGACUGCGGCUAACCGCGAACGUUUUGUUAUCGUUGGAAAGCGUUGAUGACGGAUGACGCGGUCAAUCCACAGGUGGAAAAGCACCGGGACUCGGUAUAAAAGUCGCGCUUCCGAUGCCCGCGACGUACAUAAGUAUUCGAUCGCGCGCGACCUCGCAUCGAACGAACGUUCCGAUACUUUGUUGUUGUUGUUGUUAUUGUUAUUAUUAUUAAAUUUUUUUGUCCUCCGACGCACGGUCGCGAUGAAGUUCGCGUUGCACGUAGCUAUCGGUAUUUGCGUACUGGUGGCCGCCGCGCCGGAAGGUACGAGCGGAAAAGUGAUCGGCGUCCAGCCGGACCCGUGCGAGCCGAAAACGGAGCACGGCGAGCACCACCGUCACCAUCACCACCACCCGAAUCGUUCGGGCGAAUCGAGAGACUCGGAGGAGUACGACGGUGACGCGGGUCACCCGAUAAGGCGACCCGACCAGCCGCAUCACCCGCAUCACGCCAGACCCCCGAGAAAACCGGAGAUCCGACCCACCUGCGGAGGAGUCGAAUGCGAAAGCGGACAAGUGUGCGAAUUGAUAACGGUGCAAUGUCUCGUGCCACCCUGCGAGACGAUGCCCACCUGCGUCGACAGACCGGCGGAAUCUUACGACGGAGGCGAAUCGACGGAUUCCGAGGAGUGGCUCGAUCCGGAGUCUUCGGAAUCCGAGGAGCCGACCGACCCUGCGGAACCGUACGACGAAUCGGUUGACCUUCCCGUGGCGAAGGAACCGGGCCCGCGCAGGGUGAACGGGCCCGUUAUAAACCACGGAAAGGGACGUAAGGGCGGACCGAGCGGACCCACGGGACCAGUUCCAUGGCAACCGGAGCGCGUACCACCAUCGCGAGCUCCCAUUUACACGACGGGACCAUGGCGUGGCGGAAAAACCGAUCCUGGAUCCCCGAAUAAUCCUCAAUAUUCCCUGCCCGUCGAACCCCCCGCUUCCUCAGGACCCGCUGACACUCCCGAUCCUGAUCCAGAUUCCGACGAUCCCGGAUAUUCCCAUCAUCCAAAACGCCCACCGUCUACCACAGGUCCUGCGAAUCCUGGGGGUCCUGAAGAGCCUGUAGAUCCUGUAGAUCCUGAAAGUCCUGGGAAACCCCCGUAUCACCCACAUCCCAAACACCCACCAUCUACCACAGGUCCUGCGAAUCCUGAGGACUCUGAAGAGCCUCUAUAUCCUGUGGAUCCUGUGAAUCCUGAAUGCCCUGAAGAGCCUGUAGAUCCUGUAGAUCCUGUAGAUCCUGUGGGACCUGGAAAACCCCCAUAUCGCCCAAAUCCCAAACACCCACCAUCUACCACAGGUCCUGCGAACCCUGAGGGCCCUGAAGAGCCUUUACAUCCUGUGGAUCCUGUGAAUCCUGAAUGCCCUGAAGAGCCUGUAGAUCCUGUAGAUCCUGUAGAUCCUGUGGGACCUGGAAAACCCCCAUAUCGCCCAAAUCCCAAACACCCACCAUCUACCACAGGUCCUGCGAACCCUGAGGGCCCUGAGGAGCCUCUAUAUCCUGUGGAUCCUGUGAAUCCUGGGGGUCCUGAAGAGCCUGUAGAUCCUGUAGAUCCUGAAAGUCCUGGAAAACCCCCAUAUCGCCCACAUCCCAAACACCCACCAUCAACCACAGGUCCCGCGAAUCCCGGGGGUCCCGAAGAGCCCGCGUAUCCUGUGGAUCCCGUGAAUCCUGGGGGACCCGAAGAGCCUGUGAGUCCCGGGGGCCUUCCUCGGCGUCGUCCUUGGCAUCACAGGGCCCAUCCAUAUCCUGAAGAUCAAAAAUAUUCCGACGAAUUAAAAAGCGUCGAAGCUUCCGAGUCAGGCGAAAGUCCGGAACAUCCGGUAGAUCAUAUUCAUCACAAGCACCCUCAUUCUACCACUCCAGACGGCCACGAAACUUCCGACGAUCCGGCGAUUCCAAACAGCGGAGAAAUUCCCGUGGAUCCCGAACAUCCCAUUCACCGAAGGAGACACAGGCGUGACUCGCUAGAAUGGGACGCGAGUCCGAUAAAUCCGACGGACAUAAACGGCGCUGGCCCGAAUUUCAGGAGAAAACAUCACCCGCAUCAUCACCAUCAUCAUCAUCCAAACGUAAGGGCAUGUUAAGUCACAAAGGGAAAGGGUAGUCACGACAACCGACGACCUUGGAACACCAGCUCCUCGGCCCAGUUACAAUUCCUCAUUGUCAGAUAAAUCUAUAGAGGCGAUCGUAAUUUAUUAAUUGUAAGUUAAUUUGCUACCUUAAUUUUAGACUAUUCGUAAUAGAUGAUUAAUAAUUAAAUAAAUAAAUAAAUAGCUCGUAGGAAUUCCAUCGAAUAGAAAAAAAUCAUAUGCACAUGAAAGGAAAAAAAAACAC